CUGUAAAAUCUUCACAAGUAUUCAACCAGAAAGUCUACACAAGUGAAGCGCUAACAGCAAGUUGGUGAGUAUUACUUGUUGAGUCGAACCCGUCUUUGGAGUCAGUGUAGAAUCAGACUUUGUAAUAGGAUCCAUAGAGUGGAAUAAGUCUUUAUAAUGGAAUACUUAGAGUAGAGUCAGACUUUUUAGUAUGAUACAUACGUCGACUUUUCCCGACUAGCUCCAAGUUGGGAAAGUCACAUCGCCAAGGCUUGCGGCGAUGUCACUCAUGAUCUGCCUCUACGCGGCGCGGAAGACUAGUACGGAUUCAUAUCCCGAAGCCAAAGAUCACAAACUGCUCGUGCGUCCUGACCGAAAGCCUCACUGGGCAAGAGGGGAGGCGACGUAAAACCUCCUCCCUCAAUGAGGGGAAGACUUCUGCACAAAACCAAUAUUACUCAUGGAAACGAAUCAUUCAUUUACGCAGGUUUUACUGGCGGUGUUUUGACAAGAUCCUUCCUCGCCGACCGUGGCUUCCUCGAAACGCCCUCGAUUCCCACUGCUGGGAGGCUGGUUGGGACUGAGUGCGGACACAGAUGUGGUGCGUGCAUCCCCUCCCCACGGAUGUCCCCAUGGGGAAGGCGUCUCCUCUCGCGCGUGUGAUGCUUGACAGGCGCGCGUUAGGCCAACAAGUUACUGUUGGAGACCAUGGGCAUAAAGGUGGUACGGGACACCUUAAACAUUCUCUGGUUGUUCUCUAGUUGAGUUUGUGUGGUAUCAGGCAGAAAUCACACGACGUAACUAAAUCAGUCCACGAACUCAAUGUGGACUAGGGCACUUCCAAGAAACGUUGCUCCACGGCAAGCCAUUUAACAUUACUGGUUACUCACUCUACCAUUGUAAGUGUGAUCGCUGCCAAGGCAUUACCACAGCGGCUAGAAAUGACCUCGCGGUGGAGGUAAGUGAGUCCAACCGUUACGCAAACACUGACACGCUGUCGGUUAAAGUCUCUAAAUGUGGGAAAACGUUGGCCGUGAAGAACAUUUACAACUCUCCGAGCAAUGUGAUCACGAUCCCCACCCACGGGGAGACGAUCUUUAAACAGACUAUUAUUGCAGGAGAUUUUAAUGCCAAAUCCCCAAAUGUGGGGGUUAUCCUGAGAGGAACGUCUCCGGUAAACUCGUGGAAGAGGUCUGCCUUGAGAUCAAUCUUAUCAGACCAAGGACGAAAGAGUGCGCCCAGACUUCUUCACUACGGCCACUGAACGGAAUCAAGGCCAGAUCUGACGGUCGUGUCCGCUAAUCUCGCGGGACAUCAGAAUCUUAAAGUACUGGAGGAAAUCGGGAGUGAACAGCUUCCCCUUUUACUGGAGAUUGACUUAGGUCAGGCCAAAACCAAGUGCGAUAAACGCCAUUGGCUCUUCCUGAGGGCCAACUGAGGAAAUUUUGAAAGUCAGUGCGAGAUCAUGCUCGGACUAAUAGCAGUUGACGUGGCCGACUCAGACUUAGAUGUUGCUUUCAAGAAGUUUAAUGUCACAAUCCUCGAGAUCGCCCGUACGACAAUCCCAAGAACGAUCGGGAAGCGACUGUACAAGCCCUUUUGGAACAAAGAGCUUGGGAAACUCGUGAAACAAAGAGCUUGGGAAACUCGUGAAACAAAGAGCUUGGGAAACUCGUGAAACAAAGAGCUUGGGAAACUCGUGAAACAAAGAGCUUGGGAAACUCGUGAAACAAAGAGCUUGGGAAACUCGUGAAGCAAAGAGCAAAAGCUCGGAAAGAAGCCGCAAGAAAGAAAACACCUGCUGCUCGUGCAGACUACAAUCAACUUACGGCUGAAGUCCGGGCAAGCUGUUCAGAAGGCGAACACAUCAAAGUGGGUAAGUGCAUGUAAAAAACUCGAUUUCCAGGACCGCCGGAAGGUGUGGAUUCUGCUCGAAAGCCUCUCUGGUGCGGGAAAGGCCAAAAACCCGCAGCCAUUACUAUCAGACAAAGGCGUCGAGGCGAGCGACGCAAAAAAGCGCACAUAUACUCAACGUUCACUUCGCCAAAGUCAACAAGAAGGCAAAAUAGACUCUAGAGCAUCGAGAGAUCAACCGUCUUAGGAAAAGGGGAGCUCGUAUCCAGCGUACUGGACCCCACGCUGAGAUUUUCACAACCCCCUUCACAAUGGAGGAAUUGCGUAGUGCGCUUGAUAAGUGCUUGGCGGCGAAAGCACCAGGUCCUGAUAAAGUUCACAAUGAAAUGUUAACCCGUCUUGGUAAACAGGAGAGAGAAUUUCUGCUUGCUCUCAUAAACCGUACUUGGACUAUAGGUAUUUUACCGAAAGUGUGGAAGCAGGCCAUAGUGGUUCCCAUACCAAAGGAAGGUAAACCAGGCUAUUUACCGAGUAGUUUCAGGCCGAUAUCGUUGACGUCUUGUGUGGGAAAAGUGGCCGAGCGAAUGGUAAAUGGGUGACUCUACUGGUUUUUGGAGAGUAACAAGUGCCUGCCAACGACGCAAGGUGGCUUCCGUAUGGGUCGUCAACCCAUGGACCAGGUGAUCCGUCUUGUUCAGUCCAUGACCAAUGAGCUUAAAAAGAAAAAAAUCAAUCGGUUGCAGUUUUCUUUGACCUCAAGCAAGCGUACGACCGCGUGUGGCGCGCAGGCCCCAUGUAUAAGUUCCAGAAACUUGGGAUCUCUUGUCAAAUGUCCGCGUGGGUGACGGACUUUCUCAAGAACAGGACUUUUGCCACGCGGGUUGGCAAUAGUUUGUCGAGGUGGCUUGCUGUGGAGGACGGACUCCCCCCAAGGAUCCGCUCUCAGCUGCACUUUGUUCUUGGCGUACGUUUACGACUUACAAUAAGGCUUAGUUUCCGAUAACGCGAUGUUGCGGAUGAUUUAGUCAUUUGUACCUCUGGCAAGGACAUCAACCAUCUACAGAACCAGCUGCAAAAUGAUCUGCAUAGCAUCGAAGCUUAUUCGAAAAUGGUUGUGAACACCGAGAAGACGGUUUACUCUAAGUUCACGAAUGGAAGAAAGGCGCUUAAGGUCGAUGUUAAACCCUCCAUAAACGGAAAAGAUCUGGUAUGGGACAGGACACCAGUCUACUUGGGUGUGAAGUUGGACCAGAAACUCCGACCUCACAACCAUGUACACGAACUGUGCGGCAAAGUUUCACAAAAACCGGGCCUGGUGAAAAAGUUGGCCUGUACUAGAUGGGGCGCAGAUGGCAGACUACUGAGAUCAAUCUAUCUUAGCAGUGUGAGCGGGGCAAUUGACUACAGUUUGCCUGUCCAAACCUUCGCGAGUCGAACGGCUCUAGAGGAACUUGACCGCAUCCAAAACCGAGCUCUAAGGUUUGUAUGCGGGGCAAUACGAACCACGCCAACGGCAGUUGUGGAGGUCAUGUCAAAUGUUGAGCCGCUUGAGGUCAGGCGGGAGAAGGCAGUCCUUACGACGGUGGAACGAUACCGGCGCAUGGAAAGGGAAGAACUAUGUCUCCAACUGCAAGACAAUUGGGUAAAAGAGUCCAGAUUGAAGAGACCAUCCUUCAUGGACACGGUGCACAGUCUUGAAGAAGACGUAAUUAUACCCGGAAACAGUGAGAAAGUGAAAGUGAUCCCCUCGCUGGGACCUCACAAAAGCCUAUCCCGACCAGACAUUCGACUAGACAUGAUUACCACCAAAGCCAACAAAGACAGUCCUCAACAUGAACCAUCAGAGGCUGUACGUAACACGAUUGAAGCCUACCCCAACAGCCUGGUUAAAGUCUUCACGGACGGCUCGUACUUUGCGAGAGAAAAGCGUAGUGGCUAUGGUGCCCUCAUCCAGUAUCCCGCAGAGAUAGCCCCACCCGAGGAGAUAUCUGGCCCAAGCGGAAGCAAUGCAACGCGCCUCGAUGCGGAAAUUGAGGCGAUACUGGUAGCUCCUAAGAGGGUCAACCAACGGCUAGCGAAAAGAAAACCCUUUCCGGACGUAGUGGUCUUCACCGAAUCUCGUUCAGCUCUCGAACACAUGGAGUUGAGAUUGGUGGGAUCAAAAAUGGUCACAGCCAUUUUGGAGACAGUAAGCUCCAUCAGGCGAAAGGCUCCAAGGUAGUCUUACAGUUUAUCGCUUCGCACUGGGAGGCGUCGCUUCCUUUCAGGGCAGAUUUCUUAGCCAAAGAAGGCUCGGCCCUACCUCAACCGGACAAACUGAUGACUCAGCUGGGAGUCACGGCUUGGAUCAAAGACCAUUUCAAGGACAAAUGGCACACAAGGUGGGACAUGGCGGCCACUGGACGACAGCUUUACCAGAAAAUGCAGCGUCCGAGCAAGGGCGACCCCUGUUGGGAACUUAGUCGGGGAGAACAAAGCCUUAUCACUUAGAUGAGAACUGGGCACUGCGUCGCGCAGUUAUCUCCACCGACUCGACAACAGAAGGGAAUACUUGUGCCGGUUAUGUGGACUAGAAGAGGAGACAGUAGCCCACUUGGUGGUCAAGUGUCCGAGUAGUGGGAUUGGGGCCGACGGUAGGAAUCCGGAGACCUGCCAAAAUAAGCUCCUUUACGGUAGCGCCCAGCAAAUGAAGCGUGCCGUAGAAAUCGUUUCCAGGGUCCUAAGAGAUUGAAUCUCGACCCUUCGAGUAUUGAACUUAAUUUUUAGGAUACAUAACGUAGAGUAAGUAUUUGUGAUAUGACCCAUAGAGUAGAAUUAGUCUAUGAAAUCAGCUACUUAGAGUAAAAUCAGACUUUGUAAAGAUACUUAGAGUAGCAUCAGUCUUUGUCGUAGGAUACCUAGAGCAGGAUCAGUUUUUGUAUUAGGAUACCUAGAGCAGAAUCAUUAAUUUUUACUAGACCACACUCUGGACUAGAGACGUUACGGAAGUAAACUUCAAACACUAGGUAGAGAAAGAAUUCUUUCCACCUUCUCUAUUGUUAUGGUCAUUACAAAUAUAUAUUGUUGAGAAACCUUGCUUCGUCUUUGGUAAACCUUCAAUCUAUAUCUGGUAUUCACUAAUGAGACAAACUCAGGCGAUAACACUUGAUGUUUAUAGUCUUGUUCCUUCAAUAAUCUUGUACUUGGCUUAUACUUCUGCUACUUCGCUUAUACUUUCUCUCUAUCUCGCACUCAACUCUGACAGUCCUCUUGAACUCUCCCUGACUGUCCGCUUCCCUGUCCGGUUGAGUUCUACCAUCCCUAUUUAUAAGUCCUGAGCCCAUAGAGAAUCUUAAUCCAAAAUCUCAGGUACUUAAAUUUUCCCAACGACUAAAUGGUCAUAGACCUGAAGUGUAACAGUCGUCCCGGGGAAAUCUAAUACCGUCAGUUACCGUGCAGUGGGAUCUGAUAAGCUAGAACCUUUGGUCAGUUGGUCGGUUAACAUGCCGUGGGAUCUGAUACGUUAGAACCUUUGGUCAGUUGGUUGGUUACGUGAUGUGGGAUCUGAUAACCUAGAACCUUUGGUCAGUUGGUCGGUUACUGUGCUGUGAGAUCUGAUACGUUAGAACCUUUGGUCAGUUGGUCGGUUUCCGUGCUGCGGGAUCUGAUACGUUAGAACCUUUGGUCAGUUGGUCGGUUACCGUGCUGUGGGAUCUAAUACGCUAAGCCCUUUGGUCAGUUGGUCGGUUACCAUGCUGUUGGAUCUGUUACGUUAGAACCUUUGGUCAGUUGGUAGGUUAUUUACCGUGCUGUGGGAUCUGGUACGUUAGAACCUUUGGUCAGUUGGUCGGUUAUUUACCCUGCUUCGAGAUCUGGUACGUUAGAACCUUUGGUCAGUUGGUAGGUUAUUUACCGUGUUUCGAGAUCUGGUACGUUAGAACCUUUGGUCAGUUGGUCGGUUAUUUACCGUGCUGUGGGAUCUAGUACGUUAGAACCUUUGGUCAGUUGGUAGGUUAUUUACCGUGCUGUGGGAUCUGGUACGCUAGAACCUUUGGUCAGUUGGUCGGUUAUUUACCCUGCUUCGAGAUCUGGUACAUUAGAACCUCUGGUCAGUUGGUAGGUUAUUUUCCGUGCUGUGGGAUCUGGUACGUUAGAACCUUUGGUCAGUUGGUCGGUUAUUUACCGUGCUGUGGGAUCUAGUACGUUAGAACCUUUGGUCAGUUGGUAGGUUAUUUACAGUGCUGUGGGAUCUGGUACGUUAGAACCUUUGGUCAGUUGGUAGGUUUUUUACCGUGCUGUGGGAUCUGGUACGUUAGAACCUUUGGUCAGUUGGUAGGUUAUUUACCGUGCUGUGAGAUCUGGUACGUUAGAACCUUUGGUCAGUUGGUAGGUUAUUUACCGUGCUGUCGGAUCUGGUACGUUAGAACCUUUGGUCAGUUGGUAGGUUAUUUACCGUGCUGUGGGAUCUGGUACGUUAGAACCUUUGGUCAGUUGGUAGGUUAUUUACAGUGCUGUGGGAUCUGGUACGUUAGAACCUUUGGUCAGUUGGUCGGUUAUUUACCGUGGUGUUGGAUCUGGUACGUUAGAACCUUUUAUCAGUUGGUAGGUUAUUUACCUUGGUGUGGGAUCUAGUACGUUAGAACCCUUUGUCAGUUGGUAGGUUAUUUACCGUUUUGUGGGAUCUUGUACGUUAGAACCUUGGUCAGUUGGUAGUUUAUUUACCGUGCUGUGAGAUCUGAUACGUUAGAACCUUUGGUCAGUUGGUAGGUUAUUUACCGUGCUUUGGGAUCUGAUACGUUAGAACCUUUGGUCAGUUGGUCGGUUAUUUACCGUGUUGGUAAUGAACGUGAUCGAGCUAUUGAAAAUCUGUGGAUUACGAGAAGGACUUAGGGCGCAACCAAAAACAAACCAUGUGACCAUAGAACUAAAUGACAAAGUACAAUGACACCAAACUAUUUUAUGAACUUAAAGUGUAUGAAGCACCAAUCCAUGAACUUGAAGUAUAAGUAGCACUACUCCUUGAACGGGAAGUUGAUGGAACAGUAUUCAACCAACGUGAAUUGCUUGUAGCACUCUUCCACACAGAUGAAGUGUAUGUAGCAUUCAUAUAUGAACUUGAAGUGGAUGUAGCUCUAAUCAAUAAACAUAAAGUCGAUGAAGAACUGUUCCAUUAACGUGAAGUCGGUGUAGCACUAUUCCAUGAACGUGAAGUGGAUGUAGCACUGUUCCAUUAACGCGAAGUAGAUGUAGCACUGUUCCAUUAACGUGAAGUCGGUGUAGCACUAUUUCAUGAACGUGAAGUGGAUGUAGCACUAUUCCAUGAACGUGAAGUAGAUGUAGCACUGUUCCAUUAACGUGAAGUCGGUGUAGCACUAUUCCAUGAAAGCGACGUGUAUGUAGCACUAUUCCAUGAACGUGAAGUAGAUAUAGCACUAUUCCAUGAGCGUGAAGUGGAUGUAGCACUAUUCCAUGAAUGUGAAGUGGAUGUAGCACUAUUUUAAGAACGUGAAGUGGAUGUAGCACUAUUCCAUGAAAGUGAAGUAGAUGUAGCACUAUUCCAUGGACGUGAAAAGGAUGUAGAACUAUUCCAUGAACAUGAAGUGGAUGUAGCACUAUUCCAUGAACGUGAAGUGGAUGUAGGUCUACUCCAUGAACGUGAAGUGGAUGUAGCACUAGUCCAUGAACGUGAAGUGGAUGUAGCACUAUUCCAUGAACGGGAAGUGGAUGUAGCACUAUAACUGGAAACGUUGUUAUCAAGACAUAAUUUGAUCAAAGGUGUUAAGUUAUUGAAUUAUAACUGCGUCCGACGUUGUGGUCUUGCAACAGGGGGCUCACUAAAUGUUUACUUUUGAGAUCGUAGGAGGGAAGUGUUACAAGUGACAGAGCUGCUCCCACUGUUGAGAUCGUAGGAGGGAAGUGUUACAGUGACACAUCAGCUCCCACAGUUGAGAUCGUAGGAGGGAAGUGUUACAGUGACAGAGCUGCUCACACUGUUGAGAUCGUAGGAGGGGAGUGUUACAGUGACAUAGCUGUUCCCACUGUUGAGAUCGUAGAAGAUUAGAGUUACAGUGCUAAACGUCGAGCAAUAAUGAAUAGCGGAUUGCAUGCCUAGAGACAUACAGACAGUCUUACCUCUGGUAGAUGGCCGAAAACCCCAGUUGGCCGAAAGUUCCAAUCACUUUCGGCCGACAUUGAAAAUAAACCGAAAGUUAACAUUUCAGUUUCGGCCACAGCCAAAAUUAAAUCGAAAUUUAACUUUUUUGGUUCCGGCCGCAACAUUCACCACCCUACUCAUCCUCAUCAACCUCACCACCCUACUCAACCUCACCACCCUCCUCAUCCUCAUCAACCUCACCAACCUCCACAAUCUCCCACCCUCACCACCCUCCACAAUCUCCCACCCUCCCCAACCUCCAACCCUCACCACCCUCCCCCCUCUUUGUUACCCUUGACACAUUCCAACCCUCCCAACCUCUAAUCCUCACCACCCUCCGAUCUUUCCCAGCCUCACCAGCCUCACCAGCCUCACAAUCCUCCUACCCUCUCCAACCUCUCACCCUCCCCAAUAUCGCAUCCUCACCACCCACCCCCUUUCCCAGCCUCACCACCGUCACCAUCCUCCCCGCAGUAAGCCUCCAAUCUGAGUGUAGUCAUGUGUUCGCGAGUUUCUCAUCGAAUCAAUGCCUAACUUGAUCCAUCUGUUUCAGAGAGGAUGUCACCACGACCCAACAACCCCAAGUACUGUGUCGUCGUCCUGUUGGUCACCUGCUGCUGUUGGUGGUCCACAAUGACCGACGCUUAUCGGAUCCCGCAACCAUACAACCCGUGGACACGUCCGAAUGUUGGUUUGGAUGACAAUGAUGUCUUCCUGUAUGACUAUUACUACGAAGCACCACAACGCCAGCCGCCCUUCCAUGGAAACGACUUUUACUACCGAGCACCACGACGCCAGCCGCCCUUCCCUGGAAACGACUUUUACUACGGAGCACCCCGACGCCAGCUGCCCUUCCCUGGAAACGACUUUUACUACGGAGCACCCCGACGCCACCCAUACUUCGGCUACGUCCAAAGUUCAACACAGGACGGGUACCCGACAGAUGGGUACAGCAAUAGGAUGAGCAUUACUAAUGAUUUAAGAGCGAUCGCUGACUUGUAUUUAUUAGAACAACAUAGACGGAGAGAAUGGCAGGAGGAAAAUUUAAGACGAAGAUUUAUGGAACUUGGUAAAUGAAGGAUGUCACUCCAUGCUGGAAUCGGGUCCAAUACUUUACGGGGAAGGAGUCGGAUCAACUUUUUUGGGGAAGGAGUCAGAUCAACUUUUUUGGAAGUCUGGAGCAAAUAAAAAGGAAAUAAAGAGUUUGUGUG